CUCUCUCCCAGUAUUUUCAUCAGCUACAUGGAAUCAGGAAAUCAAACACAUAUUAAAGAAUUCAUACUUUUGGGAUUUUCAGAAGAGCCAGAGCUGCAACCCCUUCUCUUUGGAGUGUUCCUUUCUAUGUACCUGGUCACUUUCACUGGGAACCUACUCAUCAUCCUGGCCAUCAUCACAGAUUCCCGCCUCCACACACCCAUGUACUUCUUCCUCUCCAACCUCUCCUUUGCUGACAUCUGUUUCACCUCCACCACUGUCCCAAAGAUGCUGAGGAACAUCCAGAUGCAGACCAAAGUAAUUACUCAUGCAGCCUGCAUCACACAGAUAUUUUUUUUCCUGCUUUUUGGAGGAUUAGAUCAUUUCCUCUUGACAGUGAUGGCUUAUGACCGGUAUGUGGCCAUCUGUCACCCACUGCACUACACGGUCAUCAUGAAUCCAAAAUUUUGUGGCCUCCUACUUCUCGCAUCUUGUUUAUUGACCCUUAUGGACUCUCUAUUACACAGUUUAAUGCUUUUGAGGCUGUCCUUUUGUACAGGAUUGGAAAUUUCCCAUUUUUUCUGUGAAUUGAAUCUGGUCAUUCAACUUGCUUGUUCUAACACAUUCCUCAAUGACAUAGUACUGUAUUUCGCAACUGGAGUUCUGGGUGUUGUUCCAAUGACUGGGAUACUUUACUCCUACACAAAGAUUGUGUCCUCCAUUAUGAAAAUUGCAUCAUCUGGGGGCAAAUAUAAAGCCUUUUCCACUUGUGGGUCUCACCUCUCCGUGGUUUCCAUGUUCUAUGGCACCGGUCUUGGGGGUUACCUCUGUUCUGCUGCUAUUGAAAACUCCAGGGCCAGCGCAAUAGCCUCAGUGAUGUACACUGUAGUCACCCCCAUGCUGAACCCCUUCAUCUACAGUCUGAGAAACAAGGACAUAAAGCAGGCCCUAGGGAAGCUUUUCAGCCAGGCCCUUAGUGUUUCAUCCUGGUGA